AGCGUGGCGAGUCAAACCUGUUGCGCUGGCCGUUGCGUCGGGCGAUGUGAAGGCCGCACUCAGCUCGAGCACGUCCUGGGCACACCGAAAUCGUUGUGACCAAAACAACGGACGACCUUCAGCGCAGAAGUCACGUGUGCUCUGGUGUGCCGUUGACAGUGCGGCGUUGCCGCGCGCAAGUGUGUGGCGAUCGCGUGUCAAAAAGCAGGCCUGCUCGCUUGGUCAAACCAUCCUCGCUUGUGGUGUGCGGGCUAUGAGUACUGUUCGCCGCCGUUCAUUCGCCUAAGGUCAGUACCUGAGAGCCGCCUUGUCACCAUGUCUAAGAUUGAAACUUGGCAGGACGUUCUCGACAGCACCACGGAACGGAUACGCCAGGGGAAUGGUUUUGCCGUCUUCAGCGCGCUUGGGACAAAUGAAGAGCGAGUGAGGUUCUGCCUGCGCCACGAAGUAGCCAACCCGCGCAUCAAGCACUGGUUGGCAGUUCUUUGCUCAUCUAAGCACCGCAAAUUUUGGGAGAAGGCUUCUGAACUACGAAGCGAGGGAAACAUCUGUUUCAACCGCAAGCAGUAUGCCAAAGCCGCCGAGUUCUAUACGCAGAGCAUCCUUUCGGCUCCUUUUCCAGAUACGCCAGACGCCGAGGGACACGCUGAAGAAAUGUCGCUUGGAUUCGCGAAUCGGUCCGCCGCUUACUUCCACGCGGGCAAGUACAAACGCUCCUUGAUUGACGUCCGCUACGCAUUCGAGCUCGGCUACCCGAACCACAUGCGCUACAAGUUGUACCUGCGGAAAGGACAGUGCUACCUUCGCCUCGGAAAGCCCAGAGAAGCGCUGGAAAAUUUCGACUUGGCCGGCAAGGUGCUGCGGCGUGCGGGAUUGGACAGCCGGAAACACGCGCAACAAUUGAAGGAAAUCGACAUAUUCAAGCAAGCGUGUACUGCUAACAAGACACCGCCAGUCCCGAGCGACGAAGAUGACCCGGACGAUGAAUCGCAGGUGCCUAGUGUCGUUCACGGCGUUCACGAUUCCGUGCCGAACUGCACUAGCGGCGUGGACAUUUUGUACAGUACUGAGAGGGGACGUUUUGUGGUGGCAAACAGGGAGCUGCGGACGGGAGACGCAAUCUUCGUCGAGAAACCUUACGCUUCGGUUCUGCUGCCUGGUCACACAAAAACCCACUGCCAUCACUGUCACAAAAGGCUCCAAAACGCUGUUCCGUGCUCACAGUGCAACCAGGUACGGUACUGUUCCUUCAGCUGCGCGAAGGAGUCCUGGAGUCAGUACCACCAAUGGGAGUGUGGUAACCUGAACCUUUUGUACUCGGUAGGAAUUGCUCAUUUGGCUAUUAGGAUAAUUCUUGUGACUGGUCUGACCAACCUUUACCACUUUUCUAGAGCACUCACUGCCGGAGAUGACAAUGUCGAUGAAUUUCCCUAUAACGCUGUGUAUGAGCUGGUUACGCAUGAUGACAAGAUGUAUGCUGAUGACAUGCUACAAUACUCCCUGACCGCGGCAUUGCUCUAUAUGCUCCUGGAUCAGGUCCAGUUCUUUGGCCUCGACGAAGCGAUUUCAAAAGUUUCAGCACUGAGUCUCACUGGAAGAAAUGGGUCGAGUGGCUUUGGUGUAAAGGAACACAGUAGUGCCGCAUUGAAAACUCUCACAGGAGGGCUUUUGCUACGCCACAUUCAGCAGCUUGUGUGCAACGCCCAUGCAAUCACUUCGCUGGAGUCAAAAACGAUGCAAGAGGAUGACGUUGUGGUCACGACAGAGCAAGUUCGCAUAGCCACUGCCAUCUACCCAAGUGCUAGCCUUAUGAACCAUGCUUGCAACCCCAACAUCAUUUCAAACUUUCCAUUUGGCUCAACUCUUGUGGUGAGAGCUGUAAGGAAUAUUGCAGCCGGAGAAGAAGUGUUGAAUUGCUAUGGACCUCACUACCAGAGAAUGUCCUUUUCUGAACGGCGCCAGGCACUCCAAGAGCAGUACUUUUUCACUUGCAACUGCACUGCUUGUGGCUCUGGUGAGGAUGCUGAACAGCGCCUGCAGGCUUUCAAGUGCGAAUACUGCGAUGGGCCUCUGAACACACCCGACGAUAGUGGUAAGGCUGCCUGCCUGGACUGUGGCACCACUCAAGAGUGCCUUGCACGGGAGCAGAAGGCGUUUCGAAUGCAUGACCUGUAUGUGCAAGGCGUGCAACUAGCUGAGAAGGGAAACCACUUGGAGGCGCUGCAACGCCUUAACAAGUGUUUGAAGACACGAGAGAAGUUGAUGUUUAAACACAACCUGAAGCUUCUGGAAGCCAAGGAUAUGGUUGCGAAAUGCUUCUGUGCUAUUGGUGACUUUCGAUCAGCGUGCGAAGUGCUAAGUCCUGCUGUUGACGCGAUCCGGGAGAUAUAUGGAGAGAAUAGCAUCGAGCUCGCCAAUGAGCUGCAGAAGAUGUCCGAUGUGCUUGUCAACGCUGUGCCCCAGGCGAUCCGCCAAGAAGCUUCAGCUGAGGAGAUUGAUCACCUCAUAAAGAGUGCAGACUCUGUAAUUGAUGAAGCAAUGACCAUAUACAUUCUGCACUAUGGAAGGAGACACCAUACGACACGAGACUUGCAGGCGAAAAGGAGAAUGCUGGCAAGUGUGUCAUAAGAUAGCAUUUGAGAUGCAUGUUGCAUUGUGAAUACUUUGCUACCGAAAUCUUAUGUGCUGUAUUCAGUUCUUUGGAUGGAGCCAUUGUCACCUAGUUUUUUGCACGAGUUGGUAGAUGUAAGUAUGGUAGGCUUUCUUUUAGUUAUGCAAAUAAUAGAUGCAGGCCCUUUAUCAUCUGUGUCUUGUACAGAAACAAGAAAAAAACCUUUGAUUUGAUGAGGGUGUAUGCAUGGAGCAUAAUGAAAUGAAACAUGCAUUUCAGAUACAGUCCAUAACAGGGUAGCAUGUGAAAAAGUUCAGUACAUUUGUGCCAUUGAGUAAAACUCAUUAAUAUAAAAGGAAUUAUGCUGCAACUGGCACUGUGGCUUCAGGGAAAAAAUAAUGUUUGCACUUGAGAAAUGCACUUCCUGCGAGCAUGUUCUUACACAUAUAUUGCACAUUUACCAGGUUCUCAAGCAGUUAUGCUCAAAGUUCCGCUGGUUGGCUUUUGGUGAUAUCAAGGUGUCUAGGUGUAUUACAUUCGCUUGCAUAUGAGUAUAGGAUUAUCACUAGUGGUUCCUUGUCUGCUGAGCUUCCUGAAGGUUCCCAAUUCUGCAAUUCCAAGUUACAUGAUCUUGCUGUGUUAGCACAAUCACCUUUUUUUUUCCACUUAACAUGCAAGGUUGUUAAAUAAAGUCAUAAAGUGAAGUUAAAAAUAAAAAAAGCAAUUAAAUAGUGCUCAAACCUGCAUUUUUCAUUUAUGGAAAACUGAUUGUAGGUAUACUGUGUAGAAUCUAUCUGAAGAAUUUUCAUUACUUCACAAAACAUGAAAUUUAGUGGAAGAAGAUAUAUUGCUUUAGUUACAUUACAUGAAAGUGAAGUUUAUUUAAUAAAUUAGUUCCCUGUGUAUAGUAGAUAGCAGUAUGCAAUGUGCACUGUAUGUUCAUUUUAAACAAAUCUGGUACACUGGCUAAAAAUCAUGAGCAAUUUGACAGGUUGGUAUCUCACAGCAGACUGCUUAUUAUGUCAUUAUGUUGUCUUGUCAUCAUGGUUAAAGGUUUCAAUGCCAGUUCGUUAUGUACUCAUAAUAGCUUCUUUAUCGUAUUAUUUCACUGUUGUCAGAUCUUGUUUGAUGUGUUGCGCAGUAAAUUAUAGGGUUUCUACUUGUCUUGUGUGCUAGUUUUAAACAGUGUUCCUGAUAUUAUAGUGUAUUUACACAUAAACUGGUACCGGUUGUUUAAAAAAUGUAUGAUAAACGCUAUGGCAAACUAAACUUUGCUUUCACAUAGCA